GUGGCAGAUAUUUUCUAGUUCAACAUGGCGAGUUGCAGCAACUUGACCGUCAACGUUAGCGGCUGUGUUUGGAGUUCACUGUUCCUCGACCAUGCCAGCAGCAUGGGUGACCAGGAAGGUUUCCUGUUUGGGGAGAUCAGGAGGCAGACAAAUGAAGACAUCAGCGACUCACAAAUUACACGAAAGACAGAACAAAUAUCAGUCAACAUUUUCUCACACUACGCAUGUGAUGAGCCAUUCAGUUUCUAUGAUCGUAAGGGCCACACCGACCAAGUCAAACUGCUGUCAAUGUUGAAAGACAAUUACAAGCACACAAUUGGCUGGUAUCGCUUCCGACGUAACACUCUUCUGGAGCCGUCCAUGCGGGAGAGCACCUUGCACCGAGAACUCUUAAAGCUCUUCCACGUAGACACCCCUGACCUCUUCCUCCUCGGUCUCUUCACCUCAGGAAUGGCUUGGAAUCAGGCCACACACUUCUUCAACCACCAACUACUUACGCUUGGGGACAGGGGUCUCACACCGUUAGGGGUGAAUAUCAUCAACCUUGGUGAUACCAGCCAUUCAGAGUACAGGGAGACUGUGAGUGCAGGGACAGUGGCCACCGUCACAGGCACCUACUCGGGUAUACUCAACAAUUUCAGGGACCGCACGGCCGACAGUCUCAAUGGUGUGCGCGUCAUCCGAGAAAUCAGCGACACGGUCUACUCCAAAAUGCAGACUCUAAAAAACAAGCUUGGUGCAAGUGAAAAAAUGCUGCAAGCAGAAAUAGAACAGGUCAGGGAACUGCAGAGGGAGAAGAAAGAACCGUGAACGGAGGGAGGAUCAGCAGAGGAUGGAACAGCAGGCCAGAUUGGCUGCCGCAAGAUCAGAAACUGAUUCUCCAGUGCUCCCCAGAGCUGUGGUGCACCACCCAAAACCCCCCACCCAGCAGAAAGAGCCCCUCAAGCCGACCCUGGCGGCAA